CUGUCUGGCUCCGUCUGGGUUAUUUCAAAACACACGAAUGUUUGAUUUCCAGACAACGUGGUAUGCAAUUUGUGAUGGUAGUUUUUAGGGUGUUUGUUGUUUGAAAACUAUUCAAUGCCCUGUUACGUACGUUUUCUCUUUUUAUAUAUUUAGAAUUAAGUGGCUCAUUUUUGCUGAAGAUUCGGUUAAAUUUGCUUUUAUGUAUACGACGACUUCUACACUGCAACCACUCUGCGUACGUACGUGUGUAAUUCUUCCUUGAUUUGGGUUGUUGCAUUAAAUCACUCGCACCUUUGAAGUCGUGUUGCAUCUUUGCGAUUCGUUUAAGUGGAUUAUCAGGAGUGCACAACACACCGGUUCGGCAGACACUGAAUCUUCUAAUUUCCCGGUAUAAUUUGGAAGCGGCGCGGAAGUUGAGUCGGCCGACCUGCUGUCUCUCUCCCGAAUCUGGUGAUUCCCGAUUCCCCACUUCAUGCUUGGCAGUGCUAACUUGUAAGUUUGCUAGCCAGGGAUGAUGCUGGCAUGAUCUAGCACAAGUUGGUGUUUUGGGCGCGAUGGUGACAUUUCGCCGUUCUCGAUACUCAGCCGCAUUGCUCUGAGCCAUGCCUUCAGAUUUGCCUAAAAUGACCGAAUACAAAUUAGUUGUCGUUGGUGCUGGCGGUGUGGGAAAAAGUGCCUUGACGAUUCAGCUCAUCCAGAACCAUUUUGUGGAAGAAUAUGAUCCUACUAUCGAGGAUUCCUACCGGAAACAAGUGGUGAUUGACUCGGAGACGUGUAUUCUGGAUAUUCUCGACACUGCUGGUCAGGAGGAAUAUACUGCAAUGCGCGAUCAGUAUAUGCGCGUCGGACAGGGAUUUCUGCUGGUUUUUGCCGUCAAUAAUCCGAAAAGUUUCUCGGAUAUUGAUCGGUACCGCGAAGAGAUUCGCCGAUUAAAAGAUUCUGAUCACAUUCCGAUGGUGCUUGUUGGUAAUAAGUGCGAUCUUCCAGCUCGUGUCAUUGAUACGGCACGAGCGCAGCACUUAGCCGAUGGGUAUGGUAUCCCGUUUGUGGAAACGUCGGCCAAGACCCGGUUGGGUGUAGAUGAGGCAUUCCAUACACUUGUGCGGGAAAUUCGCCGGGAUUUAAGUCGACGGGAAGUGCCCGGCAAGAGAAAGAAGGAAAAGCAUUGCCAAAUUUUGUAGUAGCUCAUUGCCGUGUGUCGGUCCAAAUGCCAGGUGGUCAGAUUGUGACAUCUCCCGCGCGUGCUAAAUUUCCCGCAUUUUGCAGCUGUUUUAAUGGUGAUUUCUCGGUGUUGUCAGAGGUUUACUUAAUCUCCAUUAUUUUAUCUUAUGUUUUGACUGUUAGUGGCUAGUGAAUUUAUGUGCCUCUUUGGUGGUUUUAUUUGGCAGCUUCUUGCUGGAACGCUGAUGUUUUAAAUGUAUGGUAUUUCAUCCAAAAUGCAGAAAAGGUUAUAUGGGUGAAUUUUUGGUGUGCAUAAUACUGUUGUUAAUCGCGGAUUCGCGGUGUAAUGGAUGGACGUAUGUACUACUGAUAAGUUAUAAGUAAAGAAGCCUUUCAGAAGUUAUUAAUAAAAAUGU